UUCCUCGUCUCGUCCGUUCGUCUCCUCGCCCAGAUCCGCCAAUCGCCCAUGGAGUCCCCACCCCACCCCCUCCUCCUCCUUCUCACGCUCCUCGUCGCCGCCGGCGCCGCCUCCGCCGGCGCCGAUGACCUGGUCGCCGAGCUGCAAUCCCUGCGGUCCCGCUCCCCGUCGGGCGUGAUCCACCUCACCGACACCUCCAUCACCCGCUUCCUAUCCGCCCCGGCGCCGCGCCCCUACUCCGUGCUCGUCUUCUUCGACGCCGCCUCGCUCCACUCCAAGACCGACCUCCACCUCCCCCAGCUCCGCCGCGAGUUCGCCCUCCUCUCCGCCUCCUUCCUCGCCCACAACCCCGCCUCCGCCGACCUCUUCUUCGCCGACAUCGAGUUCUCGGAGUCGCAGCACUCGUUCGCGCAGUUCGGCGUCAACUCCCUCCCCCACGUCCGCCUCGUCCGCCCCGAGCACACCCGCCUCGCUGGCUCCGAGCAGAUGGACCAGUCCCACUUCUCCCGCCUCGCCGACUCCAUGGCGGAGUUCGUGGAGUCCCGCACCGGCCUCGAGGUCGGCCCCAUCGUCCGCCCGCCCCUCGUCUCCCGCAACCAGAUGAUCCUACUCGUCAUCCUCUUCUUGGUCUCCAUUCCGUUCCUCAUCAAGAGGAUCAUGGACGGGGAGACCUUGUUCCAUGACCGACGGGUUUGGAUGGCUGGGGCGCUGUUCAUUUACUUCUUCAGCGUGUCCGGGGGGAUGUACGGGAUCAUCAGGCACACGCCGAUGUUCAUCACCGACCGGUCCGAUCCAAACAAGCUCGUGUUCUUCUACCAGGGGUCUGGGAUGCAGCUCGGCGCCGAGGGUUUUGCGGUUGGGUUCUUGUACACUCUCGUGGGGCUCAUGAUCGCCAUGGUGACACACUUGCUGGUGAGGGUGGAGAGCCUGCAGAUCCAGCGUUUUACGAUGCUGGCGGUCAUGAUAAUUGGGUGGUGGGCAGUGAAGAAGGUGAUUCUUUUGGAUAACUGGAAGACUGGAUAUAGCAUUCAUACCUUCUGGCCCAGCAGCUGGAGGUAAAUGCUUGUACAAUGGCAGACGAUAUGGAUGGUUUCUUCCUUCGGUUUCUGAGGUUAUGGAAUUAUCCAACUUUGACCGUGCUGAGAUAGAGCAUAUUUUGGAGUGUUGGGACUUGCCAAGUUUAUUUUUGCAAAUUUCUGAUGCUGUAGUAUGAAAUAUGUAGACCUCAAGUCAUGUUAGUUAUGCAGAGGAAUUAUGACAUUGCACAUCUAUCACUUGAACAAGAAAGUUUGGCUUUUGAAUUAUUGGUUUGGUUUCUUCGAAUGAUGUAUCGUGGUUGAUGUAGCUUGUCAGGUGCAUUGUCAUUUUGGAAAAUUGCUUAAUGGAAAUCAUUAGCAUUGAAGGGGCCAA